AUGACUAAAAAUGAUCCCAUAUUUACUUCAAUGGGGAUGUUUAUAAUUGAUGAGAACCAAUAUCCUGCAUCAUCAAAGAAGGAGCCAGUGUAUAAUAUUAUAGGUGGUGGUGGUACAUAUGCUAUCGUUGGUUCGAGAAUUAUAGCUGGUGCUGAAAAAUCUAAAUUAAUAUGUGGAAUUAUUGAUAAAGGAUCUGAUUUCCCGGAUAUUGUUGAAGAAGAAAUAUUGAGUUGGAAUUCAGGAAUUGUUUGGCAAGAAGAUCCUUCUAGACUUACUACUAGAGGUCUUAAUAUAUAUGACGAAGACGAUAUUAGACAUUUCCAAUACAAAACUGAUAAAAAAAGAAUUGAAGCUCAAGAUAUACUCAAUCAUCCUCAUUUGAUUAGGUCUCGUACGAUUCACAUCAUUAGUUCAAUCGAAAGAUGUGAAUCUAUAAUUGAUACAAUUUCAUCCAAUGUACCAAAUGAUGUUAAUCCAAUAUUCAUAUAUGAACCUUUACCUGAUAUCUGUAUUGCAUCAAAUUAUACAAAACUAAUCUCCUUAUUGCCGAAGAUAGACGUAUUUACACCGAAUUUGAAUGAAAUGUCGAAAUUUGCAAAUUUAGAUAAGUUACCUGAGACUAUGGAUGAUAUAAAAUCAUUAUGUUUAAAUUUUAGUCCUUAUUUAACAAAGCCAAAUUCUGGUUCAGUUGUUAGAUGUGGACAUUUAGGAUGCUUUAUCAAAACACCCAAAGUGGAAAUUUCAUUGCCGGCAUAUCAUACGAACCAAAGUAAGGUUGUAGACGUAACUGGAGGUGGUAAUCUGUUUUGUGGUGGGUUCGUUACAGGUUUGUUAUUAUCGAAAGGGGAUUGGAUUAUCGGUGGCAUUUGUGGUAAUGUAGCAAGUGGAUGUGUCAUCGAACGACUUGGAAUGCCGCAAGUAAGUCUGGGUAAUUCAAAUGAAGAAUGGAAUGAUUUAUCUUCCAUUAAAAGAAUAGAGCAUUAUGCAAACAUAAAUAAGCAUAUUGUAGAAGGAAAGUUUGAUAUUACAAAAGUAGAUUGGCUUACCUAG